AUGACUCGCAUUUCCCAACUCAUCUGUCACCGCCACCAACUCUGUAGUUAUUCGUCUGAUUUGUUGUCACAGGUCAUCUAUCGCUCGGCUAACCUAUCGGUCUGGUGGACUAAACUCCCCUACCCCCCAAUGGUACUCACUGCGCUCUCGUCUCCAGGGCCCCACAUCCCCUACGUCUUGUCGCGUCUCGCUUACACAAUCAACAAACUCGUGUCGAAUUUCUACUUUCUUCUCUCUUUCUACUGUCACGAAGACGCAUUCAACGAUAGGAGGACGGCUGGUCUUCCACCACUACCAGGUCGGAUUCUGAUAUGGUGUAGCACUGCGAAGAGGGUAGUUGGUAAAGUUUGGCUAGACUGGUGGUACUCUGUCGUGGUUUCGGUGACGGAGGUGCGAUCCGGCAUCCUGCAUCGGACGCGGACGUCGGUUGAUCCAUCAGGUGAGCAGAGAGAAGAGGAGGUGGGGGCGUGUUCCCUCUUUGCCUCGAAAGGGGGUCAGAUGCGCGUCCCGGGGGGAUUCGCUAGGCGGAAGUGGUUGACCCGCUUUUCGACUGCGGGUGGAUCAAUCACAAAACUACAGUACAUCAAUAUCCCCCUCAAGAAGAAGGUGUCAAGCUUUUUAGUGAGUCAUUACUCUGAUUAG